GCGACAGGACCGCUCCAACUCUCUGAACCGAAAACGCGGGGCAGUGGAACCUACACUAUAACCGUACUUAACGCAUCAGACUCAAGAUUCGAGAAAACAGUUAAAGUUGGUGCCUGGCAGCUUGAGACGACCUGUCAAAAUACUCGAGACUCUUCAUUCCAGCAUCCCAAUCAUCUUAGACAAACAAGGCACCAUUUGCCAUCUCUAAACAGUGCACGGCAGAAGAAUGUUUGUUCGCCUUCCAUUUAGGGGUCGACAUCCUAUGCGGCCUGCGCCGAGCAGGAGCAACGAACCACCAGAGGGAGAGACAGAAUAUCAACAACUAGAGAAUCAGUUUUAUCCUAGCAUCUCUGAUGCUCUCAGGGUCCGGCACCUUCUGCUCUGGAAGGUACAGCCAGAAGGGCUUCCAGCGGAGGUGGUGGACAUGAUUGUGGACGCCGCUGAAUACUGGCCGUCAACGAAGGUCAAGUUGGAUAAAGCUAGAAGGAUCGAAAAAGAUGUGGACCAAGCGGUGCUUUGUACGAGCCCUCUUUGCUAUGAUGAGAAGAGUCUGGACACACCCCAACCUAAGCUCCUUCCGCACAGGACUGUUCACCCAUGCCGAAAGAUAGUCUUCUCAAUUCUCUCUCAUGAUCAAGGUGGUUAUACUGAACGUCAUUUGGCUGGUCCAAAUAACCAAUCUCCCUAUGAGCACACCUGCACCUGGUUUGACGCCGAGGUAAUCCAUCAAGCGCAUAAGCCAUCACAGAAGAGUGCCAUAAAUGGAAAGAUGAACCCCACAGAUAUGAGGCCACAGCAUUUUGGCCCCAAUGACCCUCUGCUGCUUCCAAGGAAUAAUGCACUACAGCGCAACCGCACUCGAAUAUAUGAAGCAAAACGGCAUAAUAUUAUCUGGCACUACCUAGAUGACGUUGCGGCUGACUCUCAAGAGGCAGAGGAUAUCGCACGUGAGACAGGCAGAGGACGGGACACUGUGGGCGGGAAGCAGGUUCGGGAGAUGGAAAUCGGGGACUCUAUAAUGAUAUGGGCACGAGCACGAUUUCCAGGAUGGCGAAAUUAUGUGGAUGAUGUCUCGGUGCAGGUGUUUUGGGCUGUAUAGUCUGGAAGUUUACUCCGUAAAAUAGCAUAGCUAAUUCUCGGGU